AUGUCACAAGACUUAGGAGAUUUCAAGAAUCUGAUGCCCACUGAAAGGAAGUCUGUCUGGAGGACAGCUGAGGAGAGGCGGAUGUCUGACCUCACCCGGGUGCUGGAGUGGCUGGAAAGGAGGCAGGGCAAGAAGAAGCGUGCCCUCCAGAAAAAGAUCGAAGAGGCGAACCGUGCAGAAGAGAAGGCAGGGAAGAAAGGCCCAGGGGCUAAGAAGAAGCUGGACAAAGAUGGCCGCAAGGUGACCUUCAACAAGAAUCAAGAUCCGAAUGCCAUCAAGAAGCUCCCCGUCGGUUACCAGAGGGGGUACAUAACAGAUGUAAAGGGCAAGCGUCUGAACAUGAUGUCCACCGCCUUCAGCAGGGAUGGCCUUAAGAAGUCUGACUUAGACAUCAAGGAUGUCAUAGCCCUAGAAAACAACACUCGGAUAAGCCCAUACCGCAGACAAAGCUCUGUUGACCCUGUACUUCAGGAAACUAUGUUUGGCACACGGAGGGUAGGUUUGCUGAGAGACUGGUCAAACAAGGCUCCUGACAACACCUAUGACCGCAAGCUGAAGAGCCUCAUGGAGAAGGGCACAGAGCCCAAGAUAGAGUCAGCCAAGAUGCUGAAGCCAGAGGAGGUGCUGAGCUGCCGGUACCUGCGUUUGUCCAAGAACAACAUCAAGACCUUGAUCAAGCUGUGCAAGGAUGCAGGGAUGGAUGUGGAAAUCCACCCACACAUGGUAGAAGCCGAGAUAGACGCCAAGAAGAUAUUCGAUCAUCUGGAUGUUCCCCGCACCAGCAGCUUCGACAGGUGUUGUGACUGCAAAGGAGCUGAAGAAAACGUCAGCCGUGGCCAUACCUGCCAUUGGCAAAAGAGGAGCGUCCGGGGCUCUGAAGAAGGUUCAGGAGGGAGAAAAAUCCUCAGUGGUAGUGGGAACAUCCCAUGGAUGGCCACCAAGGACAAAGCUGUACACCGGAGGGCAGGGGGCAGCAAAGGCCACCGAAUAAUCCAGGCCCCAGAGGAAGACCACGCCUCCAGACUCAAAGCAAACUUUCCAAAUGCAGAAGGGAUGGACCAAAAAGGAUGUGAUGCCCGAGAGAAGAGGUGCCAGGUUCCAGAGGAAAGAGGGGUACAUGAGCCUCCUCCUCGGGACAUGGUCACCUGCUUUGACAAACGGGCCCGCUAUUUCAAAAGACGCCCUGCCUCAGUAUCCAAAGUCUCAAACUCCUACCGUGGGGGCUCAUUUGAGUAUCUGGAGGGGAAGGCUGAGUGUUACAGGAUCAUAGAGGCGGCCACGCUAGGCACUGCCUACCUGACGGAACCCCAAUGA